AGUCUCGAGUUAUCUCCCCCAGUCAAAAAUCUUACCCGACCUUUAUUGAAUAAUCACUCACGGAUCAACAAGCACUGAUCAGAUCGGCUGAUUUUAAAGCUAUUCAGUGGUUAUAAAUUACAACUGGUACACAGUGGACGACCAAAGGUGUGUGUAGAAACUGGAUUUAUUUUUCACAAUUGGAAGUUUUUACUCUUUAAGGUGUAUUCUUUGUGGUGAUAAAUAUCUGUGCGUUACUUCUAGUUUUUUUUUAACACAAUGGAAGUCAACUUGUUAAAAAAGAAAUUCCUUUGAGGAAAUAAAACUUUACCUGCCUCAGUAUGUCUGACGUCAAAACACGGAAAACAAAAGAAGGACAGGUUAGCCGACUCGUCGACGCAUUCAACUCAGAAUCUCAGGAAGCGAUGGCGCUUACUUCGCAGCCAGAAAGAGAGAAAAGUGACAAGAAAGACAAAAAGAAGAGGAAGACGAGUGACAGAAGAGCUUCAGAGAAACUGUUACCUAACAGCCACAGACACCAGCCUUUGAGAGGUGGUACCGAUCUGAACCACAUCGAUGAUGGAUACAUCAAGCACCGUCGGGACCACCGAAUACGCAGCGUCACGUCAGAGCAGGAAAGGGACAGCUGCUUCCUGUGUCUGCGAAAUGCAUUACAUUGUUAUAAUGUGGUAGUUCUUAUUAUGGGGUGUGGCCUGUUGGGUGUGGGGAUCUGGCUGCUAGUGACAGACUUCAGUGCCCGUGAAAUAACGGUCCUCAUCAGCUCUAGCGAGUUUGAGAUCGGGACGUAUAUGAUUCUGGCCGGUGGUGGCUUAGUGGCGCUCCUGGCCUUCUGUGGCUGCUGUGGAACAAUGAGGGAAGACAGAUGCAUCCUGGGAUUUUAUGGAGUAGUAUUGGCCUUGGUGUUUUUGGCCCUGCUUGCUGGAGGUGCUAUGGCAGCUUUAUUCCGAGACCAUAUAACAGAUGAUAUAAAACAGAAGUUAGAGCAGACACUACAGAACCAGUAUGGAAUGGAUGUCCGUGGAAACACCACCAACAGACUUAUCACGGACGCCUGGGACUCAAUGCAGAGAAAAUUUGAGUGUUGUGGUCCCUAUAGUUUGGAUGAGGACGGAGAGGACCUAAAGGGAACCAAGUCGUGGAACUUUUAUAAAAGCACCAAGUGGUACAUUACCAAAAUACCAAAAUACCCUAUGGUCCCUGAAAGUUGUUGUAUAGAGGGGGGAGACAAACAAAAGUGUCAAGGUCAGACUAUCAUUAAAGGACCCCCAAACUAUGGGCCGGCCAGUUUGCCUAAAAAAUUUGAAUCCCACCUUUACACUGAGGGUUGUUUUGAGAAGGUGUUUCAUUAUUUAGGAGAGUCUGUCCUGAUUCUGGGAGGGGUGGCCUUUGGAGUACCUCUCUUUCUGGUAGUGGGAUCCAUUAUUGCCUUCUGCCUUUGUGCCAGAGUCAAAAAGUCCGACACCAGUUUUGACGAAGAGGAGGACCUCUAAUAAAUAAUCAACGCACCCCCAAAAAUGAACAAUAAAACUGAGGAUCUCAUAUAAUAUAGACCACAAACUGACGGUGUUCCUGUGUCAGUUAGAUUACACUGCCGACUGGGCAGCACGUUACCAUGGUAACAGGACCAGCCUACAUUCCGGCCCAGAUCAGGUCAUACAUUCCAUGGGAUAUUCCAGUCCAUCUAUCACCACCCACUUCAUAUAGACUGUGAAAUCAUAUUGUGUGUUUGAUAAAGGACCAAGGAAGAAAUGGCGUGAUAUGUGUAUGUGUGUGCAGCAAAGAGUGCAAGUCUAUUCAAUGUGUAAAAGGAGGUUAUGAUACAUUGUAUAUAUUUUUACCUUGAUUUUGUUUAUGUAUACAUGAGGGAAGAUUUUGAGGACAACUGUUGUGUGCGAGAGGACAUGUCUGUUUUGUGUUGCUUUGUCUCACCUGGGAUAAAAAUCCCUAAUUCUUGUCACACAUAGAUCCCCCCUGAUCAUUGGUCAAAUCAAAACAAAGUGAUACCAAAGAAAUGAAUCGGUAUCCAGAAUUCUGUUGGAGCUUAGGAUACUUUGUGGCUUACCGUUCCUUGUUAUCUUUUAGCACGCAAAACAUUGUAUAAAUUACGCCAUUGUCAUUUUUUCAUCACAACAAAUUUUAAACCUAAAGAAACCUGAGCAUUUACCAUGAGUGUGUUUUGUAUUAGGUAUAACCUUGUACCUCGAUACAUUUCUAUGAUAAUGAUGAAUCAUGGACCAAUCUCUUUGUGAUUUUCUUCUUUGAUAUUAUGGAGAUAAUUUUGUUAAUUCUAUUUUUUGUGUUGUUGACUGACAUAAAGAUUUGUUUACUUUGUAGUUGAUAUUCCAUAAACAGAGUUUAACUAGACGUACAGGUGCAAUCUGUUUUCAAUUGCUUUUUUUUCCAUUUUGCCUUGUUUAUGUACAAAUGAGAGUUUAUUUCUAAUAGCAUUUGUGAUUGUUUUAAUAAUAAAUUCUUACAAAUAAAAGACCAGAUGGAUAAAUAUUAUAA